CCUUCUUUAAAUGUUAAAGUAUCUGAUGAAUGCGUGACAACUUUUACCGAUUUAAAGUUAUGUAAGAUAUACAAAUAUAUUUUGUAUAAAUUUUCUGAGGAUAAAAAUAAUUUCAGUAUUGAUAAGGCUGUUGAAACAAUAUCCAAUAACAAAUCUAGUUAUAUAGAAAAUUAUAAAAACUUCUGCAGUGAAAUUAUUAGUAAAAAUGAACCUUAUUUCGCUAUUUAUGAUUUUGAAUAUGAGAAGCUUAAUGAAGGUCAUCGAAAUAAAAUCAUAUUAAUUUCUUGGGUCUCUAAGAAUGCUGAUGCCCAAAAUAAAUUUCUCUCUGCUGCAAACGAUAGCGAUGAUUUAUUGAAUGAAAAUGAGAACAAAAAGAUGUUUAUGGCAUCAAUAAUUGAUGCAUAUGAAAACGAAUAUGUUUUUACUGAACCUCUGAAGUCUUUCUACUCAAAAAUUCCUGAAAAUGACCUUAAAGAUCAAUUUUCAAAAAAUAGCCAAAAAAUGAUCGAAGAAUUAAAAAAAAAAAUUAAAUUUUUUAUUGAAACUUUCCAUUCAAGCAAUGAUAUCAAUUUUAAUUAUUUAUGUGAGCCUUUGAGAAUAGUUUUUAAUGCUUAUAUAGAUGCUGGACUCUUAAAACUAAAAAAUCAGCCAAAAUCAGUUCAAAUUAUUAUCUCUGCGAUUGAGGCAUCUAAUAAUUAUAUUAACUAUAUCUUGUCAACGUGGAAAAAUCUAUCUGAUUAUUAUAGCGAAAAAAAAGCAAUUCAGCAGAUACAGAAAGAAGACGGCGAAAAUACAGAAAAACUGAAGUAUAAAGAGGUUAUUGAUCUACUUAACGAAGAUCAAAGUGCCAAUAUAAGUGAUGUUAUAAAAGAAUUUAAAUCACAAAGUAAUAGAAUUUCAGUAUUUAAAUCAGUCAAAGAAGCAACUAAUAUUUUAGCAUUUAAAAUAUUUAAUGAAGUAGGCUCUUUACCUAAAGUAAUCGCUAAAAAAAAUACAAUACAAAGGAUUCAAGAAUAUCUAAAAUCAUCAUUAUAUUUAUUUAUAUAUUGCAGCACUUUUGGUUUAGUUUUUUCAGUGGGUAAUCCUUUAGGUGGAAAUAAAGAAUGGAAAAGUUUGAAUGAGGAUAAUUUCGAAAAAACAGUAAAUAUACUAAAAGAAAAUGAAGCGUUAAAAUCAGCAUUAGAAGAAACAAAUCAAAUCUAUGGACCAAAGAUUAUAUCUUCCUUAAUUAAAUAUGCAAAUGAAUUAAAACUGAAAAUUGAUGAUUUAUCCUACCUUCGUAGAAUUAGUGCUAAUCUGGAUGAUAAUUUUAAAAUUGUAGAUCCGAAAAUUACACCUAUAAAAUACAAUUUUUAUGAUCAGUUUGAACAAUUUAGUAUAUAUGAUUUGGAUAAGAGAUAUAAUCAAGAAGAAACUAAUAAACCGUUUAAUGAUCUAAUGAAUUAUGAUUAUAUGAAAAAUGAUGUAACAAGAUAUGAACCAGAAGGAAAUAUAGUAACAGACGAAGUCAUAUCAGAUAUAAAUGAAUCGGUAGAAAGUUAUACUAUUAAUAAUAAAGAAACGUCAUUUGGAUCAACACCUUUUGAUGCUUUUCUAAAUAAAAAGAAAAGGCUAAAAAAUAAGCUUAAUAAGAAUCUAACUGGAACAACAGACCUAACAGACUAUUCACAAUUGCUAAAUGAUCUUAAAAAUGAUUUAAAAGAUGGCCAAUUUGGCAAGUUUCAAUUCCAAAUAGAAAAAUUAUUACUUAGUAUUAAAACUGUUAAAGGAACUAAUGAUAAUGCUCUACAACCGUUAAACAAACAGAUAUUAGAUUUUAGCAGCAACUUAUUUAUUCACUUUAGUGAAGACUGGUAUAAAAAUAUUAAUAAUGGUUUAUUUACGAAUACUAUUAAAUUCUUUGAUGAUAAUAUUGGAAAUAAUAUACAAUGGUAUUCUGAAUUUCGUAAAAUUAUUGAUAGUGAUAUUGCAACUAGUUAUAAUUAUUUGCAUGAAUUAAAAUUAAGAUCAAUAAUUGAUUACGAUAAUAAUCAAUAUAAAACUAUUAGUAAAAUAAUUGAUGAUUUCGAAUUAGAAUUCAGUAAAAGUGAUCAAUUAAGUAAGGUAGUAAUAAUUUCAAACCACGCAAUGAGUAUUAAUCGAAAAGCUGAUAAAUUUCUUAAGGUGUAUUCUGAUUACUUUAUCAAUUACUUACAAAAACUUCCGGUGUCUUAUCAGGAAGAAAAAAAUGAAAUUCAAAGAUUUGUUCAAGAGUACUUUAACUCUGAAGACAAAUUGAUUUUAUUUAUUAAUAUGCCUGAAAAAAGUCUAUAUUAUGAAAACCUUGUCAAAAAUAAAAUUGUUAAACUUAAUUAA